UUGUUUCAAUUUGGUUUAUUAAAUUUGUAUCAAGUGGUUGAUUAAUGGGUUUUCUAUCUUCUACAAAUAGAUAGAUACCACGACUGUAUCAUCAUUUACUUACAAAGACUUUUCUUAAUCUUCUGCUUUUUUCUUUUCUCUGAAUUUGCUGCUGCGUUCAAUCCAAUCUCAUACUCCUCAUCUUCAACUAUAAUGGCGCUGGAGGAUACUCUUGUUGGUGGUGCAUCAGGAAUUCUGAAAACUCUGGUUUCUUUUGUUGCCAGUGAGACUAGUCUGGCUUGGGGUAUCAAGGAUGAGCUGAAAAAAGUUAAAGACACAUUGGAGGUGAUCGAUGCUAAAAUCUCUGAUGUGGAAAGGAAGCAGGUGAAUGAUGCUGAAGUAUUACUUAGGUUAAAAAGGCUCAAGGGAGCUUCUUACGAUGCUGAUGAUGUUCUAGAUAAAUUUUCCUAUGAAGUUUUGCGACGAUCUGAAAACCGCAACGGUAAGUUUCAAUCGACUAGUGAUACUAGUCGAUACGAUGCCCAAAUUGCUGAGAAACGCAAGCGCCUAACUGCUUCAUUCUUUGGAGAUGAUUCAAACAUCGUAGGAAGAGGGCAUGAUAAGUCUGAACUAAUAAAGCUGUUGACUUCAUCAUCUUCUGUAUAUUUUAAUCAACAAGAAAAAGUCUCAGUCAUAUCCACAGUGGGUAUGGGGGGCUGGGAAAGACCACUUUGGCUCAAUCCAUCUACAAGUCGGUAGAAAAACACUUCAUAAUAAGAUUAUGGGUUUGUGUGUCUGAUGAGUUUGAUGUUUACAACAUCUUACGAAACAUUUUGGAGUCCAUUACUGACUCUAAAUGCCCUAAAUAUUCAAACACUCAUGUAUUGGUAGAUAAAGUUAGAAAGGAACUGGAAAAUAAACUUUACUUGUUGGUACUUGAUGAUAUAUGGAAUGAAGAUUUCAUGGAAUGGAAUAAACUUAAAAGCUAUCUAGACGUUGGUACUGCAGGCAGCAAAAUUAUUGUCACCACACGUAAACAAGAAGUUGCUUCUGUUGUACGGGGUAUUAUUCCUCCGUACAAUCUUGGUGUAUUAUCCGAAGUUCAGUGUUGGUCCAUCAUCAAAAAGAAAGCUUUUUCUCCCGGUGGAGCAUCAGAGACCCCAAAUAUGAAAGAUAUAGGAGAGCAAAUAGCUAAAAAAUGUGGAGGUUUGCCGCUCGCUGCAACCUUUUUCGGCAGUCUUAUGCAUUCAAAGAAUGAUGAAAGGCAUUGGUUGUCUAUCAGAGAUGACAAAAGCUUACAAACCCGAGAGCAUAAAAGUGCUGGAAUCAUACCGAUAUUGAAAUUGAGCUUUGACCAUUUGCCAUCCCAUUCAAAACAGUGUUUCACUUACUGUUGUUUAUUUCCCAAAGAUUUGGAAUUUGACAGAGAAACACUGAUUCAUCUGUGGAUGGCUGAAGGAUUCCUUCAUCCAUAUCAUGGAGGAAAUCAAAACUCACUGGAAGAUAUAGGUAAUGAUUAUUUCUUUGAUUUGUUGUCUAACUCCUUCUUUCAAGAUGUGAAAAAAGACGACGCAGGUGACAUUCGAGCGUUCAAAAUGCAUGAUUUAGUUCAUGAUCUUGCACGAAGUGUCGUUGGCAGCCAUGAAGUCAAGAUUCUGAAUGCAAGUGAGAUGCAAAAUGAUCUGUCAGAAAUUCGUCGUCUAGAACUACUUAUGGAAGGAGAAGUAUCAGUUUCUAAUAUUCUGAGCAGAGCACAAAAAUUGCGGACAGUUUUCUACCAAGGUGAAUGUUUUUCUAAUUUGAGUCCAGUUAGUAACAAGCGUUUACGUGUGUUAUAUCGGCUUGGUGAUCAUGACACCCUGGAAACUAUAUCUUCAUCUUUUACACACUUUUCACCUUUUAUACACUUGAGGUACCUUUUCCUUAGCAAUUGCAAAAUUGAAGAUGCUCAUGCCGCGUCCAUAAGUCAACUCUAUAACCUGCAGACUCUUAACCUUACUAAUGCAAAAGAUGUUCAAAUGAUUCUCAACGUGAUUGGUUCUUUGAUAAAUUUACGGCAUCUAGGUCUCUCUGGUUCAGACGUUGAAGUGUUACCGGAUUCUAUACUUAAGCUCACCAGUUUACAGACUUUAGAUACUUCGUAUACGGAUAUCACCGAGCUACCCAUAAACAUUGGAUCACUUGAAAACCUUCGGUCACUUGAUAUUUCAUGUACAGGAAUCACAGAAUUACCCAUAUAUAUUGUAUCUCUAGAAAACCUGCAGUUCCUUCAUAUUUCAGAUACAGAUAUCACAAAAUUACCUGUAAAUAUCGGAUCUCUCCAAAACCUUCUGUCCCUUGAUAUUUCAAAAACAAAAAUCACAGAAUUACCCGAUUCCAUCACUCGAAUAUAUAAUUUAAGGAGGUUGGAAUUCAAGAAGUGUCGGGAAUUAAAAGUAUUACCUCGUAACUUUGGAGCUUUGACACAAUUAAAGUCUCUUGAUUUGAGAAAUAGUGGAAUAACAUAAUUGCCCGAGUCUUUGUGUACUAACGUCUGCAAAUUAGAGUCUGUGGACCUUGGAUAUUUUUGCAAGAUUCCCAAAGAUAUUAAGAAUUGGGUGGAAUUGAAAAAUCUGAAAUACGACACAGAGGGUGAGACUAGAGGUAUAGAAAUGCUAAGUCUCUUGGAAGUAUUAGAUUCGUGCUGUGUCAGGGAAGAAGAUGAGGACUGCGUCGGGAGUGAUUCUAGUGGGAUCGAAGAAUUAGCAAACCUGAAUUUACUUGAGAAGCUAAACAUAAAACAAUUAGAAAAUGUGAGAGGUAAAAUUGAUGCAGAGAGGGCAAUGUUAAAAGACAAGCAAAACAUUCGAGAAUUGGGUCUUUAUUGGAAAUUAGUGUCAACAGAAUGAGAAGAAGAAUCAGGUGAAUCAGAUGAAGAAGAAGAUAUGGUAUUAGAUGGUCUCCAACCUCACCCUAAUUUAAAAGAAUUGAAUAUACAAGGAUUCUACGGUUCGAAGUUUCCGAAGUGGAUGGGUUCAUUUUCUUAUCUUCUGAAUUUAGUGAAGUUAAAUUUAUCAAAUUGCUAUAGAUGUGAGAAACUUCCAGCACUAGGUAUGCUCCCAUGUCUUAAGGUUCUUUGUCUGUUUAGAUUGGAAUCUGUCAGUUUUUUGGGUCAAGACUUUUAUUACCAAGAAGAAGAAGAAGAAAUCAAAGGUUCUGUAAAAGCUACGGCUACAACAACAUCAUCAUUCCCUUCGCCAGUUCAGUUGAGCAUUCAAUGUAUGAAAAAUCUAGAAAAAUGGGUUACCCCUCCACGACCCUACAACUCCUUACCUGUCCUUGAGGAUCUAUAUAUAUGUUUUUGCGAUAUAUUGACAUCUCUACCGGAUUUACGGUUAUGGACUUCUCUUCGAAAAUUAAGUAUCUUUGAAUUAGGGGUGUAAAUAAUACCCGAAAAUACUCGGCCUGCCUGUAUCCGCCCGAGCCCGCCUGUACUCGAAGUAGCCCAAAGCUUGUAAUGGCCCGUGAUGGACCACCCGGCCUGGCCUGGAUUAAUUUAUUGGGCGGUCUCGGGCUUUGCGAUUAAUUAUGAUGCCCGUCCUGAUACCCGGCCUGGUGCCCGG